AAUCAACUGUUGCUUCCUAUUAUGACCCUAUUACGAUCGAGUUAAUGGCUCAAGAUACAAUUGAAUUAGUUAAACACCUUGAAAUUAAAAGAUUUAAUUUAUUUGGAGGAUCUAUGGGCGUUAGACCAGACUCAAGAUGGUAUCAGGAUGCAGAACAACUUUAUAAAUUACCAGAAUUGAGUUUUCCUAAAGAUAUUCAAAAACAAAAAGACUUGCUUCUUAACUCUUACGAAAAAUAUACGGUUAGAUAUCUACUUGAACAUCCUGAUAAACUUGAUAAAAUUGUGAAAAUUAUGCGUCAAUGGGAAGGGGCUAAACAGUGUAAUCUUGUUUCAAGAUUACAUACAAUUAAAGUUCCAACUUUGAUAAUUCAUGGUGAAGCUGAUGAAGUGACUCCUAUUCAAGAUGGUGAAAUCCUUGAUCGCGAAAUUCCUAAUACACAGUUUUAUAGAAUUCCUAAUGCUGAACAUAGGUAA